UCUGUAGUCAAAAUUUAGAACAAACGAUGUCAUUACAAAGUCCAAGAAGAAGAGUGACAGUUGAUUUAUCUCAAAAAUAAUUUUCUGAUAACCGAUGUUGAUAGAAAUUAUCAUAACCAUGUCGGUGUUAGCAGUGAUUGGAGGCUACAUAGUAACCUCAGUGUUGUUACUGAAAUUUCCUCACAUUUUACACAGGAAGAAAAACAUAAAAUUCAAACCUGUGCAUAUAAGCCAUCGAGGGGGAGCUGGAGAACACAUAGAGAAUACAAUGACAGCAUUUAAACAUGCUGCUUCCAUUGGAACAGAUAUGUUAGAAAUUGAUUGUCAUAUUACCAAAGAUGGUCAGGUGGUUGUAUCACAUGACAGUAGUCUAAAAAGAACAUGUGAGACAGAGGGUCAAGUGUCAGAUUUUAAGUAUGAGGAACUGCCACUCCUGAGUCAAGAGCACAGAUUAGAUUUCUAUCAAACAUUUACACUGAAGGGUGGAGAAGAUAGGAGAAUACCAUUAUUACGGGAAGUGUUUGAGGCGUUUCCUGACAUGCCUAUCAAUGUAGAUAUCAAAAUAGACGAUGACGAACUUAUAGAAAAGGUUAAUAAUUUGAUAAAAGAAUAUAAAAGAGAACAUUUAAUAGCCUGGGGAAACAGGAGUAGUAAAGUGACAGAAAAAUUAUACAAAAUUAAUCCAGAUAUUCCCUUAAUUUUCUCCAUGCAGAGAGUAAUAAUGCUGCUUGUAUUAUUUUACACUGGGUUGCUGCCCUUUGUUCCAAUCAAAGAAUCAUUACUAGAGGUCGUCAUGCCAAGUAUAGUGUUUGAUGACAGGAAGAUUCCUGUAAAAUUCAGUAGAGCUAUGAGAUGUUUAUUAAGGACAGUUGAUGUGUUACUAAUGAGUCCAGUAUUAUUUAAUCAUUUAAGAAGAAGAGGGAUGCAGACAUACUUAUGGGUUUUAAAUGAUGAGGAAGAAUAUACAAGGGCCUUCAGACUGGGAGCUGAUGGUGUGAUGACAGACUUUCCAACAAAACUUAAACAAUAUUUAGACAAUCACCCUGAAUAUAAAACUCAGAAAUCAGAUGUAUAACAUAGGGCUUUAUUAGAAUCAAAUACUUUGUUUAUAUCAAAUGAUAUUUGCUUGACCCUAAAACUCUUUUAAUUUGGUGUAGUAACACAUAUUUUGCUUGAACCAAUAGAACAUUUGUGGAACCAAACUGUAUUUUGCUUGAAACGAAAUGUCUUUGACAUUCUGAACAAUAUUUGGCUUGAACCUAAAAAUCAUUGUUGUUGCAAACAAUAUUUGGCUUGAACUUAAACUUCUUUGUUGUUGCUUACAAUGUUUGGCUAGAACUUAAACUUCUUUGUUGUACCAAACAACAUUUUUCUUGUACCAAAACCUCCUUGUGCAAAAAAAAAUUUGCUUUAAACAAUACAACAUGUUGUACCAACGUAUAUUGAGGGGGAUAGGAGGGGUCCUGAUCCCGAAAUCCCAGGCUUAAAAACAUGAAAUCCCUAAAUCUCGGACAUAAAAACAUGAAAUCCAGAGGUCCCUAAAUUCGAAUAAAGUAUUCCCGGAUCUGGAAAGGGCCAAUCCUGAAAUUUCGAACUUAAAAACACUCACUCCCAGAGUCCCGAUAACGGUCCUUUCUCCCCUCUAUAUUGUGUUUGAGGAAUUACCACUUAUUAUACCAAACAAUAUUAUACUUGAACCUAAAUUUCUCUGUUGUGCCAAACAUUUUUUUUCUUUUAUCAACUUUUUUGUAGCAUAUAUAAUAUAAAUCUUCUAUGUUGUACCAAUUAUUAUUUUGUUUGAACCCAAUUUCUCUGUAUUACCAAACACCAAGACUUGUUUGUUGCAGAAAACCAUAGUAUGCUUCAUCAUUAAAUUCUUUGUUGUACUGACCAAUAUUUAUAUUGAACCAUUUUUUUUUAUCUGUUUUAUGUUAUUUUUGUAUCAAAUUUAAAAACAUCCUUUUAUGCUCUCCUUGACCAAAGGGCAAGGAAUAGCUAUUGCCAUCUGAUAAUUCAUCAAGGUGUUUUUCCCAUUAUAACCCUGAAAUAAUUUUUUUAAUAAUUUACAUAAAAACAUUAAGCCAAUCAAACAAGGUUUACCACAAUUAUGAUAUCAAAAUUAAGCAAUGAUAAAAAUUUUCUUUGUGGUUAACUUUGUAUGGGGCCAAAUUACAAAAUAUUUAUUUUUCUUCUCCUCGACCAAAGGGUUAUUAUAUAAUUUCAAGCCCCUGCAGUGUGUUUGUUCAUGGCUGCCCGAUAUAACCUUAAACCAUUU